AUGUCUUCCAAGAAGAACAGAAAGCGGUUAAGCCAAAGCGCGGAACAUGGUUCGUCCUUGCUCGCUGCUGCUUCCUCUCGUGCGGGAGCAGCUGCUCCUUCUGCCUGCUCAGACUUCGCAGCGGCAGCCGGGACUCUGGUGGUGACCAACUUCCUAGAAAAGGUUGAUGACAAAAUUCCUAAAACAUUCCAGAAUUCCCUGGUUCAUCUUGGACUCAACACUAUGAAGUCUGCAAAUAUAUGUAUAGGUCGACCAGUGUUGCUUACCAGUUUAAAUGGAAAGCAAGAGGUCUAUACAGCCUGGCCUGUGGCAGGAUUUCCUGGAGGCAAAGUUGGCCUGAGUGAAGUGGCACAGAAGAACGUGGGCGUAAGGGUUGGCGAUGCCAUCUGGGUCCAGCCUCUGGUGGGUGCUGUACUGCAGGCUGAGGAGAUGGACGUGGCACUGAGUGACAAAGAUAUGGACAUUAAUGAAGAAGAACUGACUGGUUGUAUUCUGAGAAAACUAGAUGGCAAGAUUAUUUUACCAGGCAACUUUCUGUAUUGUACAUUCUAUGGACGACCAUGCAAGUUGCAAGUGUUGCGAGUUAAAGGGGCAGAUGGUAUGAUGUUGAAAGGGCCUCAGAAUGACGCUGACACUGAUGCCCAGGGAGUGGCCUCUCGACGGUCCAGCAUGGAAACCAGUAGCCUGGAUUUAUCCUUACAGCUAAGCCAGUUAGAUCUGGAAGAGCCCCAGAAUCCAGCAUCAAGAAGUACUCCUCGUAAACCAGUAGAUGACAGACUUAUGAAUAAAGCUGGUGAUGUUUCGUUGGAUGUUACACAGAGCCCUGGGGAUGGCAGUGGACUUGGACUGGAGGAAGUAAAAGGUCUUAAAUGUAGUUUUGAGUCUGCCAGAAAAGGAAAUAAGCAACUUAAAAAUGACGAGAGACUGCUAAAAUCCACCAGCAUGGGAGCAAAGCGCAAUACGGAUGCUUUUUAUUUUAUUUCUUCAACAACAAGAAUCCGUUUUAUAAAGAAUCGUGCAAACUCAAAAAAGCAAGAUAACCAAUUCAGAGUAACUUAUGACAUGAUAGGAGGCUUAAAUAGUCAGCUGAAAGUAAUUAGAGAAAUGAUUGAAUUGCCUCUCAAACAGCCCAAACUUUUCAAGAGUUAUGGAAUUCCUGCUCCUAGAGGAGUGUUACUUUAUGGCCCUCCAGGUACUGGAAAGACAAUGAUUGCCAGGGCUGUUGCUAACGAAGUCGGAGCCUAUGUAUCUGUAAUUAAUGGUCCUGAAAUUAUAAGCAAAUUCUAUGGUGAGACUGAAGCAAGGUUGCGUCAGAUAUUUGCUGAAGCCACUCUACGGCACCCAUCAAUUAUUUUUAUUGAUGAGCUGGAUGCACUUUGCCCUAAAAGAGAGGGAGCUCAGAAUGAGGUGGAAAAAAGAGUUGUAGCUUCACUCUUAACACUGAUGGAUGGCAUUGGUUCAGAAGGAAGUGAAGGACAAGUGUUGGUCCUUGGGGCCACAAAUCGCCCUCAUGCUUUGGAUCCUGCACUCCGAAGACCUGGACGAUUUGAUAAAGAGAUUGAGAUUGGCAUUCCUAAUGCUCAGGACCGGCUAGAUAUUCUCCAGAAACUGCUUCGAAGGGUACCCCAUUUGCUCACUGAAGCUGAACUGCUACAGCUGGCAAAUAGUGCUCAUGGAUAUGUUGGAGCAGACUUGAAAGCCUUGUGUAAUGAAGCAGGUGUCUGUGCCAUGCGGAGAGUCCUGAGGAAACAGCCUAACCUCCCUGAUAGCAAAGUUGCUGGCAUGGUGAAGAUUACUCUGAAUGAUUUCUUGCAGGGAAUGAAUGACAUCAGGCCCAGUGCCAUGAGGGAGGUAGCAGUUGAUGUCCCAAAUGUAUCCUGGUCAGAUAUAGGAGGACUGGAAAAUAUCAAACGGAAAUUGAGACAGGCUGUUGAGUGGCCCUUGAAACAUCCAGAGUCUUUCGUCCGAAUGGGUAUUCAGCCACCUAAAGGAGUUCUUCUGUAUGGGCCACCUGGAUGUUCUAAAACAAUGAUAGCAAAGGCUUUGGCCAAUGAGAGCGGACUGAAUUUUCUAGCUAUAAAGGGGCCUGAGUUAAUGAAUAAAUAUGUUGGCGAAUCUGAAAGAGCAGUUAGAGAGAUCUUCCGAAAAGCGAGAGCAGUGGCUCCUUCCAUUAUUUUCUUUGAUGAACUUGAUGCCUUAGCAGUUGAAAGGGGCAGUUCUUUAGGUGCUGGGAAUGUAGCCGACCGCGUUUUGGCUCAGCUCUUAACGGAAAUGGAUGGGAUUGAACAGCUAAAGGAUGUGACAAUUUUGGCAGCUACUAACCGCCCGGAUAGGAUAGACAAG